UCUGCCUAUGCGCGCCUUCUGGACUUCAAGCAGAAGUUCCUCGAGGCCGGUCAGCGCUACGCUGAACUCUCGAUUCGUUUCCCCUGGCUGCAGGAGUCAGAGAAGAUGGCCUUUCUCGAGAGAGCUCUACUCUCCGCGCUGUUGGCCGGUGUAGGCCAACAGAGGGCUCGUCUACUGACCACACUGUACAAAGACGAACGUUGUCAGUCCCUACAGGCCUAUCCCAUCCUCGAGAAGAUGUACAUGCGUCGACUCAUCAGUCGUAACUGCCUACAGAGUCUUGAGCCGCUCUUCAUCAAGUACUACCCACAACUGUUCUUUGGUGGCAAAACCGAGGAUACCACCGCCAUGGACGCAGGAGGGCAAGAUGCGACGGUGGAACCUACAGCGCCCGGUGCCGGCGGUGAAACGCCCACCACAUCCGCUUCCGCUAGACCCAUCCAGAACAUUCUGGAACGCGUUACCGUGGAGCACAAUAUGCUGGCAGCCAGCCUCAUCUACAACAACAUCAGUCUCAGCAACUUGGGUGAACUGCUGGAAGUGGAUGCCAGUCGGGCUGAAACAGUGGCCGCCCAUAUGAUUGGUGAAGGUCGGCUCGUUGCUCAAAUCGAUCAGAUAGACGGAUUCAUCCACUUUGAAAGUGAGUUUCGUUUUAUCCGACUGGCAAUGAUCCUACCCCCUCUAUAUACGUAUGCGUGA